GGUAAGAUGUUGCCUCUGAUACCGAGCGGUGCUAAGUAAAUGACAUCAAAAUGUCUGCUCUGCACCGAUGGAUGAAUCUUUUAAAGCCAACUGGGCAUUGCAGUAGCUGAAAUGCGAAAAAGGCAACAGUCACAGAAUGAAGAAACACCUGCUGUGUCUCAAGCACCUGGAAACCAGAGGCCCAACAAUACGUGUUGCUUUUGUUGGUGCUGUUGUUGCAGCUGCUCCUGCCUCACUGUUAGGAAUGAAGAAAGAGGGGAAAACGCAGGAAGACCCACACAUACCACAAAAAUGGAGAGUAUCCAGGUCCUAGAGGAAUGCCAAAACCCCACUUCAGAUGAAGUCUUGUCCUGGUCUCAAAAUUUUGACAAGAUGAUGAAGGCCCCGGCAGGAAGAAACCUCUUCAGAGAGUUCCUCCGAACAGAAUACAGUGAAGAGAACCUACUCUUCUGGCUUGCCUGUGAAGACUUAAAGAAAGAGCAGAAUAAAAAAGUAAUUGAAGAAAAGGCCAGAAUGAUAUAUGAAGAUUACAUUUCUAUACUCUCACCAAAAGAGGUCAGCCUCGAUUCUCGAGUUAGAGAGGUGAUCAACAGAAAUCUGUUGGAUCCUAAUGCUCACAUGUAUGAAGAUGCCCAACUUCAGAUAUAUACCUUAAUGCACAGAGAUUCUUUCCCAAGGUUUUUGAACUCUCAGAUUUAUAAGUCAUUUGUUGAAAGUACUGCCAGCUCUACUUCUGAAUCUUAAUUUUUAUUUUUAAAAAAUCAUUUUGGAGGGCUGGGAUGAGAAAUAAAAGUAGUUAAAUAACACCUGAAACUGAGUUCCUGGAGAACUACAGUUUAGCAUUCCUCAGGCUACUGUGAAAAUACAACCAUAUGGUCUUUGUCUCCAUUUUGUAUCAAGGUUAUCCAUGGUUACGUUUGGAGAAAAUACCACCUGAAACAAUGAAUUGCCAAAUUAAGUUUGUUUCAUUCAACACGCAUUCUACUUGCAAGCAAACUGUAUUUGUAGUCCUAUGAACAGUCUCCUAGUGUAUCCAGAGACUGCAUGUGCAAAGUAAAACUGCUUCAUUUGCCAUGUAGUUGUUGUUAAUAUUUAAGCCAAUGGCAUAACUUAUAUCUGUAUUUAAGGACUUUCGUGCAAUAUGGUCUUAUAGAAAUAAUUGCCAAAAAGUUGGCUGUGGUUUGCAUUUUUAAAUAUAAUCUAAGACAGAAAAAGCCAAUUUUUAAAUUGUAACUAUGAUAUUCAACAUGCUAUAUACUGUGUUCAGUACACUAAUUUUGAAGCCAAUAUUUCUGUACAUGAAAAAAGAGCUAUUUAUCUCUGUUUGUUGGAAAAUCCUAAUGGGGAAUUCCUCUGGUUGUUCACUGCCAAAACUGUGGCAUUUUCAUUACGGAAGAGUUUUCUUCAAAUAUGUAUAUAUAUGAAGAAAAGAGAAAAAAAAGCACAAAACAAUUUGAAGAUAUUCUAUCUCAAAGACAAAUCAAAGAGUGAUAUUGUUUUUAACUGUAAUAGAGGAAAAUGAAUCUAUGUAUCAGAUGUCCAAUACUGUAAUUAAUUUAUUAAAGACUGGCUCUCCAGUUCUAAAAUGGUUGUGUAAAGUAUGUACUUUAGCAAAAAAAUAAUAAUAAUAAGCUUGAUAACUUAGUUUUGGAAUAUAAAGAAAGGAUUUAAUAAAGGAAUGCCUAUAUGUAGCAUCAUAAAACUUUUGAUGAAUAGCAUCUGUGCUGUGGCAUAUUUUCCUUGAAAGUGAAAUCCAAGAAAAGCUAAGUUUUUAAGCAAGAAAAGUUUUAUAGGGGUUCUCUAGAAGACAAUUCUCUACUUCAGACCUUAACUGUUUUCACAUAGUAUCUUAAAAAUGACUUAUUUAAAAAAUGUUAAAACCAAACCAUUCUGAUCCAUAAUUGAAAGGCAGUACAGUGCUCAAAUCUUUUAGCUGCCGUAUUAUUUUUUAUAUGUACUACUAAAUCUUUAAGACAAAAAAUACUUGCCUGACAUUGGCACGUACUUUUGACAUUCAAGAAAACAGUAUCCUAUCUCGCACAUACACACAAAAGUCAGUGUCAUAUUUAUAUCAAGGUGUUACAUUUGAAUAUUAACAUCCCCUGGAGGCUAUUUUUUUAAUCUUAAACUUAAUAAAUAUUGAGUAACCUAAAAUGAAAGUUUUAAACAUAUUUAUAUCCACUAAGAAUACUGGCCUUAUAUUAAGGAUAUUAAAAUUAUAAGUUUCCUUUGUCAUUUUUUUAACUACCUCUCAUUUUUUUAAUUUAUUAAAGUUUUUUUAAAAAAACCAAGUUUGGGGUUUUCUUUUUAACAUUUAUUUUACUUGAAAGGUUGACAUCGUAAUUUUCUUUUGCCAUAAACUUAAAACAUUUCAAGAAUUGCUUUUUUAAGUGAAUUUGAUUUUCUAACUUAUACAGAAUUCAGGAGAUAUGAUUAAAAGGGCUAUUAUCUAUUCCCUAUGCAAAUAUUUUAACUGUUGCAGUGUUUGACAAAAUGGGAUUUAAAAAAAAAAGUUUGCAGAGUAGAAAACAAAACGUUCUGUUUACACUGGCGUUGCUGACUAUCCUACUAUAUUCAGCACUUUUAAAUACAUUAUUUAUGAAAAUGUAGUUAAAAUACAAGAUAGAAAAUAUUUAUAAUUAUUAUUUCUUUUAACAAAUGCGUGUUUCUGUCUGAAAGUGUUAGUGUUAAGACAUGCUUUAUCCAUGUCAAUUAGAUAUUUACUAUUUGAACAAUAGUUUUCAGUAAUAUGGUGAAAAAGAUAGCUAUGAAGAUGUUUACAAAAUGUCGUAUUUUUUUCCUAACGAGUGAAGAAAAAGCUAAAAGAAUAAUCAUCACUUCUAUUGUGAAGUUUAUUGUUCCUAAAUUAUCUAAUUUUUUUCUUGAUUAGAAUUGUUAUGCUACUAUGCUGUAUACACAUAUAUGUUGUAAUAUCAUACUUGUUGCUGUGUUUGAGGCACAUGACUAGAAAAUAUGUAAUAUGCUAUGAUACACUGCAUGCAUCAAUCUUUUUAAAUGUAGACUUUAUAUUCUUGUUGUUACUAUAUAUGAUGGUGACUUGCUAGUCAUAAGUUAUCUUUAUAAGAUACUUUGGACUAUUAGAUGAAUUGUCUGUUUGACAAUACCUUUAAUAUUUUACCAAAUGUAAAAGAUAAGGGCCCUUAUAAAGAGUCCUAAUCUCUAACUCUGGGCAUUUGUAGUAUACAGAUUUUGAAGCUAGUAUAUCCUUUUGAAAUCUGAUUAGGAAGUUGUGUUGAGAAUGAUUCUAGAGUAGAUUUACACAUCAGAUGUUACGUGAGAUUUCCCUGCUAAAUUCCUAUUUUCAGGGGAGGGGAGUGUUUCUCUUUUAAUUUCAAAAUGUUUAAAGUUUCCAUGUAAGAGUAUGUCUGUGUACUUGCAACUCUACCAAUUUUUAAAGUAUGGUAUAAUUCCUUCAGUUUUAAUUACAGAGCUAUAAUAAACAAAAAAAAGCCCUCAACUGGUGUCUAUGCUACCAUUCCAAGAGCACAAUAUUUGUUUUGGUAGAGUUUGAUUUUUCCUAGUGAGUAAAUUCUUCCUGGGGAAAAAUUAGCACUUUAGAAGGUACACUUUAUAUUUUACAUUGCCAAGUUAUCUUUGUAUACUGUUAGAAUCUCCUAAUGCACACAGAAAGAGGUUAAUGCUCUUUAAAUAAUGCCUAACUUCAGAUGUGUCUAUAAUGGAAAGAAAAGUAGAGGAUAUAGAUUAUAUAUGAAUAUGUAUACAUAUAUUUAUAUAAAUUGGAGAGGUUUCUUCAGAGAUGGAUCUUGAACCUAGAUCACACUAAUAAUGAAUGCAUGAUGCUUCUUUACUCUGGAUAACUCUUAUGAUGUUACCUAAAGGUAAUACAGAUGUCCCGACAGUGUUAUAGGGCAGCUCUAAGCACAGCAGGUGCACUGGCAAGAGAACAAUAGCAAAACACAAUUUUGAUAUCAACACUAUGAAGUGCAAAAAUCAAGACCAUAUAAUGUGGUAAUUUUUUUUCAAUUUUAAAAUAUGUACAUAGGAUGACCAGUUCUGAUAUUUGGUCAUGGUGCAUGGGGUGUUUAUUCGUAUCCUUUAAUGCUGCCUAGAUUCUUACUUGUGGAAUGAAAUGUGUAUCAUAUAUUUACCUGAUAGUUCGGUGUUGCAAAAAGAUUGUAGAAAUAAGUAAAUAGUAUUUAUUUAUUAGGGGCAAAAAAAUACACUUUCACCCCAUUAAGCUGAUUUAAAAUAAUACCUGAUUCUUAUUUUUUGAAUUUAUCCAUUUUUUUCUAUACACUUUUAACUUACAUUGAAAAAAAUGUCAUAUUGUAAUUGUAACAAACUACAUUUGCAAAAAAUGUAAUAUACCAGAUGUGUUGAGGAAGAAAUAUACAAGGAAGAAAUUUAACAUACAAUCAGAAAAUAGGAAAAUAAGCCACCUAAAAUUUCUUAGGUCCAAAAUGUCUAUAGAUAGAACCCUGUCAAACUUGAGUUUUGAAAACUUUGCAUUAGAUACAUUGGCAAAUUAUUUUGAAAAGUGGUAAAGAUACUUCCAGAAUUUUUUUUUGCCUGUGUAUUUAUGUUGACAGUUUAUGACCUUAAUUUUCAUAGUUUUCAGACACUUAUAUUUGCAUGCCCUUUUCAGUUUUUAAAAAAUUUCUGACCAAUAUGUUUGUUCUCCUGAGAAAACAAUACUCAAUCUGCAAAAAGUUUAGUUAUUCCUUACUUGCUGCAACUUCAAAUAUUUACCAAUGAAACUGAUACCAAAAACUUGCUUCGGAUCUUCUCUGCAACACUCUUAGUAGUAUCCUUGCAACACACAACAGUGCAAAGAGUGAUAAGUUUUGUUUCCAGAUACCAGCCUUUAAUUAUAAAUUUGGUUUCAAGUUAUGUUUCUGUCUCAUGUGACUUUGGGCAAAUCACUUAUCCUCUCUGAGCCUGUUUCUUUAUCUUCAAAUGAGGAAUAUAAUAAUUUACAGGAUGGCCAUGGGAAUGAAAUAAACAUGGAAAGAGUGAAGUGUUACAUAUAAUAUUACUAUUUUAUCAAAGUUCUCCAGCUCAAUAAUAAUUCCCAUUUUCAAGAAUGUAUGUAUUAAAUGCCAUUUUAAUGCACUUUCCCCCAAUUUUUUUCAAACUAUACUUUAAAAAUCUGAUUUAAUUAUUCAUUAAAAAAUACAACCAAGCUUAUUUUAAGACAGAGGAAUAUAUGAAUAUGUUAUUGCUUUGUUCAAUAAUGUGAUUCAAAAAUCACUGUUCUCAGUUCACCAAUAUCACACUGAAGUUACAAAGAAGUAUGUUUCUUUCAAUGACACACACACAGAUAUAUUUAGAUGUGCAUAUGCAUAUGUGUGAGUGCGUGUAUAAUAUUGUAGGUUUAAAUCAAAGUUUAAAUAAGAGAAAUCAUUUGAAAAUUUUAUUUCCACAGGAAAUAAAACAUUCCCAAGGAUAGGAAGAAUAUAAAUAUCAGUUAAUUUGCCAAAUAAAUAUGUGGUGGUUAGACGUAAAACUAAACUAAAAGAGAUUGGCCUGUAGAAAAUAUUGACUGGCACGGAACAGAAAGCAUUCUUUUUACUAUUAAGGUAGUAUGAUUUUUUAAAUAAUUUUAUCAUGAAAAUAUGAAAAUAAAAGAAUAAAAGGCAGUUGUAUGUUCAUAAAAGUUUUCAUUAAACCUUUUAUUUUAGAACAGUUUUAGAUUUACAGAAAAAUUCCAAGGAUAGUAUAGAUAGAACCCAUAUAUAUGACACACCCAUGAAACAUUUGUCACAAUUAAUGAAACAAUAUCAAUGCAUUAUUAAGUCUACACUUUAUUUAGAUUCCCUUAGCUUUUAACUGUCUUUUUUCUGUUCCAGGAUUCAAGGUGCCACAUUACAUUUAGUCAUCAUGUAUCCUCUUAGCUGUGACAUUUUCUCAAACUCUUCUUGUUUUUGGUAACCUUGGUAGUAUUGAGGAGUACAGGUCUAGUAUUUUGUAAGAUGGCCCUCAACUGGAAUUUGUCUGAUCUUUUUCCCACGAUUAGACAGGUGUUACCAGUUUUUGGAAGAAAGACGGCAGAAGUACCAUUCAUAUCACACCAUUCAAAGGUACAUACCAUCAUUACGACUUAUUAUUGUCGAUGCUGAACUUCAUCACCUGGCUGAGGUAGUGUCUGUUAGGUUUUUCCACUGUAAAGUGAUACAUUUUUUAAGAGGGUAUACUGGACGUAAAUUUACUGGACAUUUACACUGAGAUAAAAAUAUUCUGAGCAGAUUCCUCAGCAUUGCUAGAAGGUUCCAUUAAAUGACUGCUAACCAAUACUAUGAAGAAAAUAUAAUGAACUGGAAAUUGAUAUGGGAAAGUAAAACUCCAAAAUGGUGUUAGCUUGAACAUUCACUUAAAGGAGGUGAAAGUUAACUUUUUCCCUUGAACUACCUGUAUGAUUACCUUAAUCCUCUGCAUCCCUUGGAUAGUGAAGAUUUUAGUUUUACUGUCCUAAAAGGUAAUCUAAAUUGAUGAUGAUUUUGCUGAGUACUUUUCUAUAUUGCCUUCCACUGAACAAUGAACACUGAAUACUGGAAUAAUGUAAAAGGCUUGAUUUUUUCCCCCUUGCUUUAAACUAUCUGUCAUAAAUACAGUGUAUCUUGUAUAUGAUUUUAGGGUGUUUGCUAAAUAUUAAAAAGUAUUUCAAUGUGUUUGGUUCUGUAAAAUUUAUAUUGAACGUGUGUGAUUUUUUCUACCAUGUUCAUUGUACUUAAUAAUCUAUAUCCAUAUCUUGGACUUCACCAAUAUUUAUUAGUGUACCAUAAAGAAAUUUUGAAUGCAUGAAUAUAACUUGAGAUGCCAUGUUUGGUUAUUUUGCAAUGCCAGAAUAACUGUAGGUACUUAUAAAUUGAAUAGAUAAUCCAGAUUAUUUUUCCACCAACUUAAGUUGUUUUGGGUUUUUAUGCCCCCUUCCUUGAAUCUAUUUUAUUAUUUUACCUAUGUACAAUAACAGACUUCCUGAAAAUGCUAGAAUUUUCAACAUGUAAUAGAAUUUAAGCAUGACCAUAAUGGAAAAAAAUGCAGAAAUCUCGAACAGUGUAUAUUUCUUUGAGUUUACAAAAGUAAAACUAAAGCUGUUUUCAUUUGACUAUAUUGUGGAAACCUAUGGAUAUUAUUGUAAAAUGCACAUGCGUUACACUGACUUUUUAAAAAUGUUUUGAAUAAAGAAUUCACCAAGGUA